ACUUUGGGUUUCUUUUGUGCCACGCACAAAAAAAAAGCAAGUGGAAAGAAACUUCAAAUCGAAGUACGAAAUGGGAAGUGGUACAAUAUUUUGAGAGGACUGUAAUAAAACAAUUAAACGAAAUCGAGCUGCCAUACGGUGCAGAACCGAGACACCAACAUCCACAUCCAGGUUCCAGAACCCACUCUGCCUGGAGUUGCGUUGCGGAAAGGUGAACGGAUGCAAUAGGCGCAAGAAAAGAGUUAGAAAAUAUGUGUUUGACCACUUUUUUUCACCCCCCGGCACACCUCACCGCCCUAACAAAUGCACCUCGCGUGGCCACUUGAAAUGAGAAGUAAAAGAAAAAACACCCUGGCCCGCCACUAAUGUAGAGCGCUACAGGUUGCAUUCGCGAAGGAUCACUAUCGGUGGUGGUGUUGUUAUCGGUGUCGUAAAUUGGUAAUAAAUUUAAAACUUUUGACACUUGAGUGCUUUCGAUAACAACUCAUAAUUGAAGCGAAACAUUCGAUGUCACCCGUGUCGUCACCCGUGCAUCGGACGGGUUUGCAUUGGGGUGUGCUGGGUGACAUAUACAUAUAUUUAUGCGAUCGAUGGUUGUACCUUUUUUUUUUUAAUUCCUAAUCAAAUCGGUCAUUUUUUUCCAUAUCGUCACUAGCCGCUUAUUGCUUCCUAUCAAAACCAAUUUUUGGGUGAUAAGACGGAGUGCGUCAAAAAAAAAGACCCCGCUUGGACGCACGGUACAUAAUCAGAUCACGGGUUUUGAUGUGAUUUGCGUACCAGAACACAUGUCAAAAUCAAAAUGAAUGGAAGAAAAAAAAGAGUUUUCCUAUUUUUAUUAUCUGAAUUUAAAUAAUUGUGCACAUCGAAAUAAACUCUUCCAAAGGGAGGGGUAUUUAUGUUCCAAAAAAACCCCCAAAGUGCUGUUGGUCAAGCAAAUAGAUCUUAAGUUCACACGGUUCUCACUUACCGACAACCCAAUUUCGGGUUCUUAUCUAAUCAAAUCAAAACGCCAUCAACGCCAUCAAUGAUUUCGGUUGACUCGAGCACACAUGUACGCACACAUACGUAUGCAAACACAGAACCUUACGAAACAGUGUGUUUGAAAUGGUCAAGCAAAAACCAUGAGGAGCUAGAGAAAUAGAAGUGAAGGAGCGAAACAACCAAAAAAAGAAGAAAAAAAAAACAACAACCAACCCUUUUAUAAAAGACUUCACUUAUCGAUCACCAAGCAUCGACGAGCAGUGCAAACAGUGCGCCGCAAAGAAGAUUGACAAGUUUGUCGAUUUUUGUCUUGUAUCACACUUGCGUUAUCAAAUAACGUCUCCCCACCAAAAAUAAAAAAAAACACACUAUCAUGUAAGAUGUAUCAGGUGCGUUUCGGACAACGCGUUCGAGGACUCUUGCGCUCGGGAGAAAAAGGCUAUCGCGCGUAUGCAGACGGGCGCAUUGGCUUUUCCACCACUUUGGAACACUGAACACACUGUAGAGAGCCGUCGGCAUUUAUACCACCCAAAUACAGGUGGACCUGCGUGUGUUUUUACUUUCUGAUAAAAAACAACAUUUCUGAUUUGUGCCUCACGCAUUGUAAACCGACGCAACAUUGCGUCCUUUCGCACUCACAUAUUUAUAUUACACUUUUUGAAGAAAAAAACCCAAACUUUCCUCCAUGUCGGGUUCUAGCCGGAACGUUGUGGUGACUUUUUCCAUGCCGCACAAACAAUGCUUGCUGCCUAGACAUGACCGCAUGACGUUGACGUUGAGAGCGUGCAAGAUAAGGCAAACCAUAACCCAAUCGAUCGUGCUCGUGUGUUUGUGUUUGCAUUGACUCGCAUCACACAACAACAAAAAAUGAGAACUCCGAUCGAUUCCCACCUCGAUGGUUGGUGCAAUCAAAUAAAUGGAUUUAAAUUAGGCACCUUUUUUUACUUCCCGCCAAACGAUCAGCUUGACCUGUGUGGUAAAACAAAUUUGUUUUACUUCGUAACUUCUUUUUUCUUCUCCUCCUCACCAUUUAACCACCAACACGAACGUCGCUCAAAAUAAAUGGCUGAUCAUUAGGAAUGGUCAAAAUACGCUACCAUAACUCUUGGUUUUGGUUGUGUUUGAUGAAAUGUCCGUUCGUGAAAAAAGCAAUUGAAUAGAUGCAUUUGCGCGUGCAUCAUCUCCUGCGCAGGGUUUCGCUCGUAUGCGCUGAUUGUAGUCUUUUGCAAAAAAGAUCAUAUUAGUUUGACGAUCCCUGUAGUACGAUCCGUAAAGGAAAGCGCUUGCGAAAGGGUAAGAAAUUAAAAAUUAAUUAAUUCACUUAAUUGAUCAAUGAUUUGUUUGCGGCGACCGUUUCGUUCCCGUUUUUCUUUCCCGAAAUCCGUAACGAACCUGUUCAAACACCGUCGGUGUUUGUUCACUGAAUCAAAACCCAGCGCGACACGGAGCACAACUUUUGAAAAGUAAUUUUUCUCUUGUUUGCCGUUUUCUUUCUCUCACUUUGUUCGUUUUUCAUUCACAUCAUUACGGGUAUCGUACGAAUUCCCUUUUUGUCCAGGAUGCCCCUGGGGGAAUGGAUGAGCACUUGAACACAAACAAGAAGAAAUUAAGUUCACUUUGUGUGCGUUUGUGUGUGCGAGUGUGGGAACAGGGAAAGGUGGCAGAAAGGUGGAGAAAUAAAUCAAUAAAUCAAAACACCACCCAAAACACUUGAAUUGACCACACCGUAGCCCGAAUCGAUCCUGAUCGGUCGUAACUCGUGUUAGGAGUUUGAAGUCUUCUCGAUGCAGCAUAAGGAAUUGGGCAAGAACUGGGAUGUCCUUUACCUUUUUCUUUUCAUUUCACAUUGGUCUUUUCGGUGGCAAGAAAAAUGACUUCAUGACACCCGACCAACGCGUAUGUUAUGUUUGUCUGUGAAGAUAACUGACGAUUGUUUUGAAUUGCUUCUAAACCUCACAUUGAUUUACGGAGACACGACACCCAAAACAAUAGUGUUGGUACCGUUGUCUAGUGGUUUUUUUUUUGGAUGUAAUAAGAUUUGUGUUUUUGAUCGUGUUGCUUCAAGGAACUCCCGUGGCUUUUCAAAUAGUCGGAACUCCACGGUAGAAACAAUCCUUCAAAAUUAAAUCUUCACCCGGGAGUUACAAGAUCUCCACACCAGAAGACGAAGAUUUUGCUGAGGAUUUCUUCUAGUGCGAUAAUUUCAAUUUAAACCUUAUUGACGCUUUACUAUCUCUCGAACCUUGCCCCAAAUAGUGUGGUGUUAUCGGUGGCAAAACUUCGGCACAGCCAGACCAUGGUUAAAAUGAUCUGGGGUCGAACGAUCGAGAUUUUACGAAAGAAACCGGGCGCGCGUGGUGCCGGUAACUCAUUUAUCAUCGUCCUAAUAGAUUCCCGGGGAUCGAUGGUCUUCUUUGGAGGUCUUCUGUACCAGGGGGCUUUUGGGUUCGAAGCGUUCCGAGAAAUUCUCCCGCACCGACGAUCACCCACUGGGAGCAGCUUUCCACACAGUGUUGGUGUGUUUGUGACUGUAUGUGCCUGUGUGUGAGUUAAUUAAUUACUCAAAUACGUACAUCCAUCCCGGAGGUAGGUUCAUUUCGAUCGAUUCGUCUACGCGGGAAGAAAGUUAUUGAUUGUUUUUUUGUUUUGCUUCUCCAUGUGCCACGGUGUUGAUGCAUGGUGGGUGCACAUUUUCUUUGAAUUUGGUACCAUCUCACCAACACCCACCACCCCCCAAAAGAGGUUCUGGUCGCGUACCAAGGAAGGUGUUGCCACCGUAGCUUCUUUCAGCCAGUUGUCUAAUCAGGUUGUCCGGAGUAGCUUGAAGAUGUUGAAAUAUGAAGCCAACACGCUGGCAUAUUUUAGUCCCGCUGGGACACCUUGUGUACGUGUGAGAUAAAACAAUUUAUCACCAUAAAUUGGUCUAGACCUGGACCGGCGGGUGCGCAAUUAUGUCCGGAUAGCCCCAAUCGGGAAUUGUACAUUGUGUGUGUGUGUGUGCUGUUCACAAUUUCUAGCAUUUAAGAGUUCCGGCAUAGCAAACAAAUCGAUCGCAUGAUCGAUGGAAUGGAAUUGGUGGGAAAUGGGGAGUUGUUGUGGUUUUUUUUCGCAGCCCAAAAACCUCAACCCAGGUGGUCGCGGGGUAGGGUAUGACCCGUGAGUCGCGUGCGUCCAUCGGCGAUCGUGUGAAAGAUACGAAGGACGGCCGGCUUAGCACGCAGCACCGAUCGACAGACAAUGGGGCUGACUGAUGUGAUAAGUGAUUGAGAUUUAUUAGACUGUCCAGCACCGUUCGAACAGGAUUUGAAGGAUUUGAAUGGUUUGGCAGAGGAACUCGACGUUGUCCGCACUAGCACACAGUCGGAACAUUUCGCCUCGUUCUGGACGGUGUUGGGACUACUUCGCAACGGGCAAACAUUGUUGUGUUGUUUUGUCAUUUUUCACCAACACCCAACAACUGCUCAAUAAUUAUACUGAAGAUUGAACGCUUUCUCGAACGGAUACUUUUGUUUCCUGAUUGCUUUUUUUUUCGUUGGUUUCUUCUCUUUUUCACUUUGUAAAGCAGAAAAGAAAAACUCUUUAAUCUGCGGGAAAUUAUACACCAAUCACAUUCACAAUGGUAGAUAAAUUUCCUACUCCCAUUGCAAUUAUUCAAAUUAAUCUACCGUUUCGCUGCACUUUCGCGUUUGCUCUAAUUUUGGAUGGAUUUUUUUCUUCCAUCUCUACUGUCCCCCCCCCAUAAUCGUAAGGUUCACAGGUUCUGUCUGUCUACUUCCCAAAAAUACACUGCCGAAACGGUGUACGUUGGCUUAGUUGAAUUGGAUCACAAACACACACACAAACACACCAUCUUUUCUUCACCAAUCGUCACCUCAAAAAUCGUCCACCGUAACGAUCGUAGCUUUUCACAGGAUGGCACGGCUUGCAACCAUAGAAGGAAGAAAACUGGAGAAAAAAAACCUUCCAGCACGGUUUGCUUUUCGGUACCUUUUCAGCUACCAAAUCGUUUGGGCUCGCUUAAGACAAAGCUUUAUAAUACACGAAAAAAAAACGCAUUCAAACUCUAACCUUACUAGACAUUUGAAGCACCGAGAGGAGUUUGGAGCGUCCAAGUCCAAAAACUACCCACCUCCCUCACAAACCCCACACAGGAGUGCGCAUAAAUCCCGAACCUUUCUCGACCUGUCAGCCGGCGAUUAAGACGGGCGCGGCAUUUUAUGGUGCCUCACCUCAUUUGCCAGACGUAAUGGGGAUGGUUGGCCGGGCAUGAUGCGACCCACAACUGUCCCCUCUCCACCCUUAACCCACCCCGGUGCUAGUAGAUUGAGAAUUGAUUGUAACGGAGCACUCGCGACAAAGGCGCGAGCAUUGCUGUGCGGGUGGUUUUUUUGCGCAAAUAAGUUGUCACUGUGUGCGAGCGGCUCGUGAUUUGUGCGCCACGAUUCGGUCAAGUGAUUUUUCGGCUCUUCCACGUAACGUCAGCCGUGUGGCGCACUCGUACGCAAAAUGUGGGUGCUUUUAAUGUGUGAGCUUCUAUCUGUGAGCUCAGUGAUCCCUGAGACCGAACGGGAAAAAUAAAACAAAAAGUAAUUUUUAACACACGAUACGCCGGUUGUUUUUUUUUGUCUUCGUUUGGAUUUUCCACUUGGUUGGGUGUUUUUGUUUUUUGGGUGUUUAACAUGGAAAUCUUUUUCUUUCGUAAAAGCAAAACAAAAACCGUGACACGCGGGUCAUUGAGUUAACCAGCGUGGAAGGAGCGCUUGCGUCAAUUCUGUUAGAGAUUUUUCCAACCGAAGAGAAAGGAACGAAAUCGGUUCAAUUUGCAUUCAUUUCUUGAGUCACUUUGGUGGCUGGAUACGGUACAGCAUUUAAAAAUGGGUAAGCAUUAUACUAAUGCUCGGACGUUUAACACUCAUUUGGUAGCUUUUGUUUGUGUAUCGUUUGAUUUCGUAAAUCGUUUGCCAUUUCGGCAUCAAUGCGAAUCGCAUGAACUCCUGGGGGAAAAAAUGGACAAGUCGUAAAUCACCGCGAUGAUGAUGAUUUGUGAUACAGCAACGUAAGAUUAGAUUAGAAAUAUGGAUUCUGUAUGCAAAUAAUUGGUGAGAAGUACCUUGAUGUUUAUGUCCAAGACUUUCAUAUUUCACUUCGCUAACAAUAUGCCACAAUUAUGUAGAGUUGGGUAAUUGGAACGUUUCUACAAACAUUUUCUGUUUGCACUUAAGAUACAGCCUAAUUUAUGGGUAACUCUUUUCAGUUAUUAUGUAUAUAGCAACAACAUUCUUCGCACCACUUAAAUAACUACAAAAAUAGCACAACAAUUAUACCUCCAAAUUGAUGGCCUGAUUUAAUUAGCGAGUAAACGGGUUUGUCCUUUCUGAAAGUUCCUUGACAAGAUCUUAAAUGCAGAGCACGAUGGAGACUUCUCAAAAGCUUAUUGUGAACUGUAUUUUGCUCUAGUCGCAAGUUCCAGUAUUUUUAUACAACCAAUCAGAAGUGUGCUCAGUAGAAAUAGAAUUUCGCAAAGUACCAUUAACUUACCGUACGUUUAAAAUGAGAAGAAACUGGAACUGAGAACCAGAAACUAAUGAGACAACGGCGUGAGCUGUAGUGAUCACUAUGGGUGGGAAAUUUACCACUUUUUGUACACAUCAACAAAUGCUCAGGAACUCUCGCCACCAUCAUUAUGAAUAGGCUUUCCAUCGGUACCCCAGUGGACUAUGGUGUCACGGCGAGAGUCCUAAGAUUCUUGAGUCCUAAGAGUCCUAAGAGAUUAACCAGAUCCUCCAUCCCGCUCUUCUAUCCCCAAGAAUGGGAAGACGCGUAAUUGUGGUCUGCUUUUGCCCAGUUGCAGUUGUUAGUCAUUUGUAACUACUUUUAACGAUCGGUUGUUUGAUUCAUUCUCAUAAAAAGAAGAAGAAAAACUCCGCUCGUAAUACAAUCGUGUAAUAGGAAUUAACGACAGUAACGAACGAAAAUGAACGAACCUGAAUGAUUAAAUGGCAAGCGGAUGGGAAGCGAACAGAGAACGCGCAAGAAUUAAGAGGGAAAUAAAGAAAGGAAGUUUUGAUGUAAAACAUAAAACUCUGCUGGAACAGGUCGACUAAUUGCGAUCGGUACUGCCCAUAUCGGUAUGCUAGAUGACCGGAUCGGAAUGAAGGUGUUUUUUUCCUUCCUCUUCUUUUGGAUUGCUUUUUCCUAUCAUCACUUGUAGUGCAAGAUCAGCGAUCUGUUAUGUGGUAAGACUGAUCUAUCGCUUACUUAUCAAUUAAAUUAUUAAAAGAAUACUUUUUGAACUAGAGCUUUUUUCCUUAAAGUUCCUUUCAGCCGACACUAGCAAUAGUGUCGCCCAUAAUGGGUUUGCAUGAUCAUUCACUGUUUGAUUGUUCUGCACUUUAGUGCUUUUGCACAGCUAAAGAGCAUCCACUACAAUAAACCACCGAACGGAGUAUGAAUGAAUGAGUACUUCCCUCGGUGGAGACACUUAGACGUUGUCCCUGUUACCGACGACUCUGCCUUCGCUGAUAUUCUGGCGGGAGGGUUUUGUACCCGGUGCGUUUCAUUUCUUUUACGACACCGUCAUGAUUUUGAUGGCCACAUAUAACAUGCAUAAAUGCGGAGGUCCUAUUAGGCUGACACCGAGGCCACUACCGAAUGUAAGAAGUUCACCACCACCCAGGGCAAGUUGCGCGACUUUCUUCGACCGGUCGGAACGUCGUACGGUGGAGAUUUUAUUGUUGAGCUUCAAUGACGUUUUUGCUUUUUAUUAGAUUCUUAUGAAUGUGAGCAUGAUUUUGUGUUUUAUUCUUGUUUUCAUUCUUUACGACGCACGCUAUCAAGAUUUGCCAACUAGUGAGCGUAAGAUAGGGGGGCCCAAUGUUGCCGAAGGUGGUUAGUAGUAUAAAUGUUAUUAUUUCACUUACUACUUGUUUUUGGGCUCCCGAUGCUCCCGUGCGCCCCAUUAAUGAGUCGGAAAAAAGGAGGUUUAUCCAAGGGGUCAGUCGUUUCUGCGUACGCAACAUCACCAGGGGAGAACUCGUGGAGGUUGUCGUAAAACGAAGAAGGGCACUAUAAAAUUACCCAGUACCAAUUGUCGUCGUAAAAACGGACAGAGGGCACAAGAGAGUUGGAACUCUCACCCCUCUCGGGAGCGAGGAGUCAUCUUUGCGAAUGGUUCGUAAAGGACCUGACAGUAAAACCGGCACUGUUCCGAGGCUGGCACAAAAUGGCGGCAGCAUCGAAUGAAAUGGUAGAGCAUGAAACAUGUUUUUUUUUGCAUUAUGAUGUUUGUUGUCAGAUAGCCAGUACACACUAGCUAGAACUCGGUGACACUCGCAGGCUCGCGUUAAAGUUCGCGUUUGUAGUUUAUAUUUUAUGUUGGAGGAAGUAAGAAAUUUGGUGCUAUAAGUUUGGAUGUCAGUUACUUUUGACUUCCGUUGUUACUCGUCGCUCGGAGUUGGUUGAUUAUCUUUGGAGACUACAAAGAAAAUGACUUACGAGCCUUUUGGUACACUAGUCGUGCAUUUCCUGUCAGGAAACCAUCUAAAAACCAGUAGCUUAAUCAGUCCAGCUUAAUGAACAGACGCAACACUUAAAGCAACCGAACGGCGUUAAAAGUAUUAGAGGCGUACCAUGUUUUUGAUGACACCUUUGGCAGUGGUUUUUCGUUCGUUAAGAUCGUAUGAUUUAAUUACACUCGUCACUUCUUUACUGUCGACGGUGUCAUAACGUCUGAAGGCAUUGGGGAGGUGCAUGAAACGUACCCCGACUUUGUGUCCCAAAGUUCUAAAGUGACACCACCAAAAAUUGACUGAAGUAACGCUGGCGCUAUUACCGUCUACCGUCCGGAUUGGCUCGUUUUGGUAUGGUUGCGGAUGGACUGCGGACCUGCCGAACGAUUUUUUUUUUGUCAGAAGCGCCGUGACAGCCUGUGUCCUACCAGAUACGAGACGCGGCUAGCGAAUGAUUAGAAUGUCGUUGACACGCAAACGUGUCGAUGUUGGCAUACUAUAAUUGAAUUAUUCAAUCGGUAACGAUUUCCUAUUUCAUCGAUUACGUGUUGAUAGAAGCGUGGAACUGUUUUGAUGUACCUUUUUCUGAAGAAUCGAAAGCGUGAGCGUAGCUUAGAAGGGCUUAAGGAAAAAAUAGCAUGAAGAAUAUUACUAUGAAAAAGCCCUAUAAAAUAAACUUUUACAAUGUGAUACUUAUACGACUUAAAUAUUUAUUUGUCGGUAUUUAAAUAAAUAAUUUCAAUAGAUUAUAUCGUUCGGCGCACCAAGAACCUUUUUGCCAUCGUUGCAUAAAUUUGCCAUUAAAUUGUUACAUUGUUUCAUUGAAAACGGUAAAGCUUCUGUCUACUUGUUUUUAUUUCCCUUCCAAACGCGCCAGAUACGGUGACAGAAAUAUGAUAUCCUUCAACCGGUACCGUACCGCUCGGUACGGAUUGCUACAUUUCCCAUUCUACACACACCAGCGUGGAAAACUUUCCAGAGGGCUGGGGCUUGUCCAUCCCCGGCUGUAACCUUGGGAAUGGGAAACUCCAUUCACCGUGAAAAACGAGCAGGAUGAUCCGGGUCUCGAUAUCGAUUACGGCGCAAGCACUACUUACUUUUCAACGUUCUAAACAGCUUCAUUGUUGCGCACAGCAUGUUGAGCGUUGCCUUUGUGGCGCAAUAAAGAAAUAAAGAGCAAACCAACCAAAAAUAAAAAAAAUACAACCCUCAAACAGGAAAAGAAAACGCACCCGUUUCCAUCCUGCAAAACACAUUGUUUCGCUAAGCUUUAGGAGGCGUGCUUUUUUGUUGGAUUCGAGCAACAAAAAAACGGUACUUCUGCAAGGAUCACAGAUCACAGAUCGGUCCGACUGGCAACAUAGGUGACUGUUUUGAAAGAAGGGGAGAUUUUGUAGCAGCAAGCAGCGAACUUGAGCAUUUACUUUUUAAAUGGGUUUUGUUCCCUUUCUCAGUUCUCUACGUUUAUCGAUUGGCGUAUAGGUUUAUAUGCAUGCUGAGUGCACAAUCGAGCGAUUCGAUUGUGCUGAAUGCUCGCCAUUUUAUGCUUGCUGUCGAUUGCUUCGCAGUUAGAGGGGACUAAAUGGACGGCGCGAAUGCGUUUGACAAGCUUUAAGUGGCGCUUAUCAUUUUAUUGUCAACGAUCGAUUGUUAAGCCACCGGUUCGUGGAUUGUGCAUGCGAUGAGGCUAGCAAGAAAAAUUAACUACAUUGAGCUAGGCCGUAUGAAAGCCUAAGAAAAUGGACGCUUGUUUCGUUAAAUAUUUUCUUUCGCCAUAAUGCGUCACCACUGCGGCACCAUCACCAGACAAAGCAAAAUAUUUUCCAUGCUCAGGCAAAUUUUACACUUCCUUGCCGCCGCGUAUCGGCGUAACAUCAACAAAAUCGACGUGGGCGUAUCUUCGCUCGUACUGACGAGACGUGGACAUCAUUUCAAUGUCACAAAUUACGCGAAUAAACGCUUACCCGUUCGCUGAUGUGGCGGUGCUGUGUAUUUGUUCGCCCAUAUAGAUUGGAUAGCAAUCGUUGAGUUAUCGGACAGUGUAUUACAUGCUGAUAGCAUCCGUAUAUGCUAGAGGCUGCCGAAACGGCGCCAAAGGCUACCCACUUUCGGCGAGUAAGGCGACACACGGGCCGGGUAGGCGACGAACCUCACAAACAGCUCCAUCCUUUUAUCAGUCGAUUUUCCACCGUGUACCGUAUGGAUUGUUUCGAGGAAGCGAUGAACGGUAUGAUAACGAUUCCGCUGGCGUUCGCGAUAAGGAGUGUUUGAUCACACGAGUUGUCCAUUGGCCGUGUCUGGGUGCAAUCUAGCACUAGCACGGUGUAUGAGACAGGGUUUGGUGUCAAUUUCUACUCACGUGGUAUCAAUUUCACUCACAGCCCAAAAAACAAAAAAAAACAACAAAACCCCGAUGUGCGUCAGGAUUGUGGAUGAAUAGGGUUAGUGUGUAAAGGAAUUAGUUCAUGUUUAACGGUAGAUGUGUUUGGGGAAGGUUUUCCAUUUUGCUUUCCACAGCAAAAGUUCGUAAGGGAGCCUACAAUUUUCCACCUUAUUUAAGCAGUUGAUUACUAGUCUAAUGAUAUAGGUUUUUUUUUGGAUUUUUGUUUUUGUUUACAAUAAUGGUUUUCUUCUCGCUUUUUUUGUGUCAUUCUUCCAGCAGAUUGGUGCAGUUCGAGCCGAGCAAAACAGGGUCAGCAACGAUUUCACACUGGAGCAGGACGGGAAGGAAACAAUUUGUUUCAUUGAAUGAGCAACACACACAAUUUCGUGUAUAAAUUACAAACCCAAAAUCAUCAUCUGCUCGCGGAUACUGCCGUGCCGAAGACGUCCGAUCCAAAACCGAUAGGAUCCCAACGUCAAGCACGUCAUACGUAGUUGGUAUAUACGGGCAGAGAGCAACAAGGAAAAUAAAAACCCACCCCAAAAACAAAAAAAAAAAGAAGUCGCCGCAGAAACAAUCCCCACAAUCACAUCGUCGUCGUCAUCGUCGUUGGCAGCACGCGAACGGUUCGCGCAUUCAGCGCAUAUGAAGAAAAAGGGAAUGAUAUUCAACGUUCAACGUGGUUGCGUACGCUUAGAUGACGAAUGAACAAAGGAGAGCAGCGUGAUAAAUAAGAGUAUCGCUCCGGCCGGGCUGUACUGCGUCGUGACCCCGCGCGUGCGCCCAUACAAACAGCUACCCCGUAUCAGGUCACCGAGCUCCGGCGCGGAAUCGACGAAUCGGAUUUUCGCCCGACGUUGCGAUUGCCACCAUUUUGUGUCGUCUGCGACCGGUGGCCCGGACCGGUGCAUGCAUCGGUGUGCGUCCACGAUUUCGACUCGUGUGCGCCGAUGCUGCGUAUGGUAUGCCGUAUAUGAUACCGGAAUGUGGAGCGAAUAGAUGCAAUUACUUCGGAACUGAUGUGUGCUUCGCUUCGGUCUGUGAAGUGCAGUAAGGAUGCGAGGAUGAAAAUGUCCCUAUCAAAGAAAAACUGUUGUCGUUUAAGCUGAGCGUAAGGAAAGCCGGACACGCGUAAGGACAGGCGCCGGAAGUGCUAAAAAGCAGUGUUGCCAAUCAAUUACAAUUUGCAAAUUUCUGUUACUAAGUGCGUGAAAGAGUGAGUUGGUGCCGGUGUGUGUGUAAGAGUGUUUUUUUGUGUGAGAAAGUUACAUUGUGAGCAAAAAAAAAAGGUUAAUUUUUUUUUGGCGAAAGUUUUUCCAUCAGCCAUCAUGGAUAUGACGUCGGCAGCCGACGCACGCAGCUGGUACGACAACCAGCGGCUCGGUGGUUCACCCGGUACAUCGACCGCCCUCGGUCACCACACGGCCGCGGUCGAUACAUCCGAGAUGAACCCAUUUUACCCGCUGGAAAAUGGUUCCCAUCGGCGUUACUACCCGACAAGCUACGGACCGCACGCAUCCCGCAUGACCUCGUCACACGUUUCACCCCAAGUCUGCCGGCCACACUUCCACGGUCCACUAUCCUGGUUGAGCGAUCCACCCAAACCGAUAGCAUCCAGCAGUGCGUGGGGCAGCCCAUUCGCCUGCCCGCAGGACCCGCAGGACAAGCUGAGCCAGGUGCAGACGGGCCAAUCCGGUCAGCAUAUCUUCUCCUUCCCGCCGACCCCACCGAAGGACUCGACGCCCGACUCGGUACAAACAGCGCCGGCCGAAUAUCAGGCCACGAUCAAUGCAUUCAUGCACCAGGCCCAGGUCGGGUCGAGCAAUGCGAUCGGCGGUGUGGGUGUUGGUGGUGGCGGUGGAACCGGCCAAACGGCGGACAGCUGCGGGCUGGACGUGAAACCUUGUCUCACCGGCGGUAACGGAUCGGGCGGUAGCGGAGGCGGCAGUGGCGGUGGCAGUGGAGGCCAAAACCAACCAAAGCAGCGUGAAGGUACGACCGGCAGCGGGACGGUGGGUGGCGGCAACGGUGGGGUAACCGGUAGCCAUAGCAAUGGCGGUCAGCCGACCGGAAGUGGGCUCGGCGGUGUGCACGGUGGCCAAAGCAAUGCGGGCAGCGGAACGACGUCGCACACUUCCGGUGCAGGCCUGUUCGAUGGGACGGGCCAGUCGGCGUACGGGGGGUACGAUACGAGCGGGUACGGUUACCACCAUCAGCACGGUGGCGCCUCGUUCGGACAGUCCAAUCCCCGUCCUGCCAUGAACAGCCCGCACAUGAAGCCGCAGCGGACGAAAGCGCGUACGAGUGCCGAGGGACGAGAGUGUGUCAACUGUGGUGCAACAUCGACACCCCUGUGGCGAAGGGACGGUACUGGCCACUAUCUGUGCAAUGCCUGCGGACUCUACUACAAGAUGAAUGGCCAGAAUCGUCCACUGAUCAAACCGAAACGAAGACUGGUUAGCUCGCUUCAAAGUGCCGCCCGACGUGCCGGAACAUCGUGCGCCAACUGUAAAACGACCACCACCACCCUAUGGCGAAGGAAUCAGGGUGGGGAACCAGUUUGCAACGCUUGCGGGCUCUACUACAAGCUGCACAACGUUAACCGACCAUUGACGAUGAAAAAGGAAGGCAUCCAGACGCGAAAUCGAAAGCUGUCGUCCAAAUCGAAGAAGAAGAAAGGAAUUCCUGGCUCGUGUCUUCCACUCGGCGGCCAUCUCGGUGACCUGAUGAAGCCGCUCGAUCAUAAACCCUCCUUCCCGGGAGCGUUCCCCGGUUCGAUGGGACAACACGGCCAUUUAUCUGGCGGAUUACAUCCGGCACACACGCAUAUGCACGGAGGUUGGUACACGACCGGUAUGGGAGCCCUUGGAACGUCUGGUGGAUUACAAAACGGUUUCGGUGGUGCGGGCUCGUUAGGUGGUGGUGUCGUCCCGCAUUCGCAAUCGUACCAUCUAGGACUUAAUUCAAUGAGCUGGCGUUCGGAGUACACGUGAUGGAGCACCAGCAACUUCAAUACCAAUUUGUUUGAGUUUAGCACCUCGCCGAAACUGCAACAGCAACACCAGCAACAGCACCAACCAUCCCUCCAGCAUCAGCAGCAGCAACAGCAGCAGCAGCAUCAGCAACAGCAACAGCUACUGCUGCAGCAGCAGCAGCACCAAAACCAGCAGUCCACCCAUCAACUUCAACAAUCGCCAUCGUCCAGCUCGUCCCUGUCGUCGAUAGCGAAUGCUGCCACGCUGCUCGAACAGCACCAUCUUGGUUCGCUGCAUCAGCUGCACGAACAUCAUCACGAGUCGGCCGCCAGCCAGCUGCAUCUUCAUCCACAUCAACUGCAUUUAGCGACCGCAAGUCAAGUACAAAUCUAAACAUACGACCCUUCCCCCAAUAACUCCCCAAUUUAGCUGUUUCACCGAAUAUCCCAGGCACUUGUUUUCGAUCAGUUUACGAAGUUCGUCGCUGAUGUGUGCGCCUCUAGUCACCAGUAAAUUCGUACAAUUGUUUUUUUUUUCUUUUCUCUCACCAACGCAACCAUUUCUGCGUACGUAACGUUUCCACCAUUAGCAUACACGACAGUUCAAAGAUGAUCGUAACAGAUCACCUCUUAGCGUAAAGUAAGGAUCUCCACAUGGAUGGUCUUCGGAUCUUCGACAAAACAAAAGGAAUUUAUUGGAACGCAUCCUUUUUGGGGAGGGAAAAUACGUUGCGUUUCAGACGAUCGUUAUUGAAAAAAAAACGAUUCAGCACCGGUUCAGUAUUAUAAAUGAUUUUCAUAAACAACCCAGUAGUAAGUGAAGUGCAUGCGGCGGACUAAAAAAAAACAUACGACGGGACACGAGACGGGCGCUCGGUAAGAAUCGCUUCCGGUGGCGCCUUUCCAAGCGUUUGUGAGGGUAGAAAGCGAUCGGAUGGUACAGGAAGCGUAACAAAAGGUAACCAAGCGAAUGAUGAGCGCAAGUUAAAACGAAUUUAAUUCACCCCACCCCCACAGCGACGGGAGGAUGGAAACAUAGUAAAAAGAAACAAAAAAAAAACUGGUGCAACUCUGGUGAGAAAAUGUGUGUGUCUGUUGCAGUUGACUUGGGCUUUGUAUAGUUUUGUAAAUAUAAGAUUGAAACGCUGAUAAUUUACCAAUGUUCAUCACCCCGGCAUUCGGAUCGGGAUGGGACAUUAACAGCAUACAAAAACAACCACCCUUCUUUUCCGGUGCUGUGGUUUAUACAAACCACCACAACACUAGGAAAAAUGAUCCGCCGAUAGAAACGAAGAAGUGUACCAGUGCGCACUGAGCACUGAGCAUGAGGUCUUGAGUAUGUGCGUCAAACAUCGCAUACAAAGCAAACAAACAGCAAACAGUGAUGUACGUUACAAUUGAUUAGAUGGUAAGAAAAUAGUGAAUUCAACUGUUCGAGAAAGCCAAGCGAAUCUUACCCCCAAAAACGGUGCAGUGAACAAACAAAAGCCACCAAAGGAGUGGUAAAUAUUGUUUUGACUUUUGGGGAGAAAAAAAUGUACGAGUUUAAAGAGACCUAACCGUUUCGUGAACCGGUUCAUGUCUUAAGCGAAAUCAAUCAUGGUUUCGAUUGGCAAAGAAAACAACAACCAUAAUGCCCACCAUAAUUUGUCACUACAGGCAGCCUGUUUGUGCAAGGGAAUAGAGCAAAAAGUAAAAAAAAAGGAAAACAGUGGAGCAAAGUGCAAUUUUCUUAGUUUGAAUUACGCGCACCAUAGAGCAAAGUGUUCUUGCGUUGAAUCCUUUUUGGGAUGAUUAUUUUUGUUUUAAUCAGCGGUAAAGCAUAAUAUUAAAGCACAGGCAAACAAAUUUAACAGCUGGACCUCGUUUAAGUUAGCAUAAUUUAUUUAUCUAUCCACCUUAUUUUAGUACACUUGUUUCAAAUAUUUGUGUAAACAAUUGCUAAGGUAACAGCAGAGCGUGUGAACUUUGCAAAUAUAAUUUUCUUCUAAUAUCAUUUGCAAACACAUAAGCUGCCGCUUGUUUGCAUCUUUGAUUGUUGAUGAAAAACCAAAUUUUCAUACAAAAGUAGCACAAAGGAAAGAUAAAGAUGAGAUGGAAAAUAAAAAUACAAAACAUGAAAAAAAAACUUGGAAGCAGAUGCCAUAUAAAUAAGUAGACUGUAAAAUAGUUCAACAAGCAGAACGGCAAAAAAAGAGCAAAACUUUUGCGUAAGCUUGUAAUGUCUUGAUGUUGUGAAGGUGAAACAUUUGAAGAGGAAUGCCGUUUUUGUACAGACACCUGAUUAAUAUGAAUCCCAUGCUAGAACAACAGCAAAAAAAACUAAGGAAAAAAACCAUGAUCGUACGCAUCUUCUUAAAGAAAAGAGAAAUUGUUGUUUGUUACGUAUGCAAAUGCAAAUAAGGGAAAAAUACACACACAAAAAAAAACAUUAAAAAAAACAAUGAAAUCAGUCAAAGCGAGAAAGUGAUCAAAAACAAAAGUCACAAAAAACAACAACAAAAAACAAGAAACAAAUGUAAACAAUAUACACACAAAGAGAAAGCGUUUUGCAUCUACAGUAUGCAAAGAUGCUACACAGAAACAUACAAGAAAAAAAUAACAACAAACGAACAAAAAAACUGUUAGCGCAAAUUACUGUACAUAGUAAAAGGGUAAGAAAAUUCAACCAUAAAAGUUGAAAGUAAACGAAAACGACGUGGAGAAAGGAACGCCCUGUAUUCAAGAGGGGGUUACAACAGGAGCAAUUGUAAUGCACAAUACAAAACAAAACAACAGGAAUUAGUUGCACCGUAACACGUGAGAGAGUGUGCAACACCGAAAGAUGUGCAAACAAAAACAAACAAACACAUACAACAAAAAAACAACAAGAUGCUCAACUUUUAGCAGACCACACAGGUAAAUUCGUUGAUAAAAAAAACGCACAUAGUAAACAUUCAUUACACGAUGUCUUUUUUGAUGUGUUGAACUACUAUACAAUAGUAUUACUGUGUAACGUUUUUGUUUGUUUGUUGCGGUGUAGAGCAAAUAUAUGCACCGAUGACAAGCAAAAAUAAGCAAAAAAAAGAAUCACUUCCUUCAAUUUUCCCAUUUUCCUCCUCCCCCACUGCAUUUUCCCACAAUCCCCUAAAUCAAUCCGACUCCUGAACGCUCUUCACCUCGUACAAGCAAAACACACGGUCUCUAUAAAUAUGGAUAUAGGCGUACGUAUAUAUAUACAUAAUACAUAUAAAUAUAAAUGUGUAAAUUAUAUAGAAUGUGAACAUACGGUCCGGUAAGUGUCACCCGUAAACUAGCUCUAAGAAUCGAGACCGACCGCAGACGUGGGCGAUCCAUCGCUCUCGAUUGUGUCGAACGUUUGUCGGUAAACAGUUGUCGGCACAAAGCAAAGUAUUGUAAUUAAUAUCAACAAACUGUGGAUGAAAGAAUGUAAAAUCACGGAAAAAUAAUAAUAAAAAAAACAAUACAGAUGUACAAAAAAUAUUAAA